AGUGGCUUGUCGGGUAAAGUUUCUUGUAUUAUUAAUAUAUUAACAAACUAUCACACAGUUGCAAAAGAUUCAUAUAUGUGAGGACACUAUAAAAACAAGUUUUAUUACAUUAUUUUGUUUCUGUUCAAGAGUGAAAAAGGCCAGUUUGAAUCAUGGAACUCCAAUGCACAGUGCAAAACUACGAGUGGGGUAAAGUAGGCAGAGACAGUAUGGUGGCUAAGUUGAUAUCCAGUGCUGAUACUAAUAUCACCAUUGAAGAUAAACCCUAUGCGGAGUUGUGGAUCGGCACUCACCCCAAUGGACCGUCUCUGAUCAUAGAGAGAGGUGUCCUACUAGCUGAUUACAUCAAAGAUAACUUGGACGCUAUAGGCCCAGUGGUUAGAAACAAAUUUGGAGUUGCUGUGCCUUUCCUGCUGAAAGUUUUGUCCAUAAGAAAAGCCUUGUCCAUUCAAGCACAUCCAAACAAAGCGCAUGCUGAAGAACUGCACCAGCAGUUCCCGGAGGUGUACCGAGACCCCAACCACAAGCCGGAGCUGGCAAUUGCUCUCACACCAUUUGAGGCACUCUGUGGCUUCCGGGAUGUUGCCCAAAUAAAAGCAUUCUUAAAUAAAUUGCCUGAGCUAUGUGAGAUCCUUCCCAAGGCAGUAGUGGACUCCAUGUUAUCUGAGAUUGAAGGCGAUAGUUCUACAGCCGCGCUGAAGCAGUUAUUUGCGUCACUAAUGACUAGUGAUAAGGCGGCCAUUGCUAGCAGUCUACAGAAAUUAGUUUCACGACUAGAGCAUGAAGAUGACGAAACAAAGGCAUAUCUUCAAUAUUCUCUGCUAAACAGACUGCACAAAGACUUCCCCGGUGAUGUGGGAUGCUAUGCACCAUACUUGUUGAACUAUCUUCAGCUAAAACAAGGAGAGGCCAUCUUCUUAGGACCGAAUCUGCCCCAUGCUUAUUUGAGUGGAGACUGCAUAGAAUGCAUGUCGUGCUCGGACAACGUGGUCCGCGCGGGGCUGACCCCCAAGCCCCUGGACGUGCCCACGCUACUAGGCAUGCUGGACUACGGAAGCUACUCGCGGGAACAGCUGUUGUUUAUGCCGAAGUUGGAAGAUGAGAACAGCUGCGUGUGGCGCCCGCCCGUGCCGGACUUCGCUGUUGUUAAGAUUAAGGUACAAUCCGACGACAGCUACAACACAGCAAACCGCCCCAGCCCGUCCCUCAUCAUCAUCACGGCGGGAGAAGGCACGGCUUGCGACACAGAACCCAUACCCUGCAAGCCGGGAGUCGCCAUCUUCCUCAAAGCCAGUCGCCAGCUCACCCUGACCCCCGCCCCCGGGAAGACGCUCGAGGCGUUCCAGGCCAUCUGCAAUGUAUGAUGGGAGGUCAGGUUAUGAUGGUACUUUUGUAGCUAGUGUUGAGUGUAGAUGUAGAUUUGAUAAAGAGGUUCAGACGGAUGGCUUUAUUGGUCCCGGUCAUAAGACAGUUUAGAAUAAAAUAAUAAAGAUUAUAUUUAUAAAUGUGUAUUAUAUGAGUAUUAUACAGCAGGUUCGUCAAUCCUGUUUACAGUUUCAAGCAUGUAUACCUACUUAUAUACAUUUUUUUUUAAAGUAUGGAAGUAUAAUUAUGACGAACUAUUAUGGUUUCAUUAAAAAAUCUUGCAACUGUCUAUAGAAAGAGGGCAAUUUGGUCGGAUAUGUAGUUUUGUCAAAUCUACAUCAACUACACACUCAACAGAAUUAGAUAAUACGUAGUUUGAUAAAUAGAUAGAACUGUUUACUGAUGUCAUCAAAUAUAUAUCAUUAAAGUAAUAAACCUUUAGCAUGUUAUAGGUCAAUAGCAUAGAUAUCAAACGAAAAUAACUUUUGUAGACAUAAAUUCAAUGGCUGUGCUAUGCUAUUGCAGUUAUUUCGUGUAGGUAUACUGAUAAGUUCAGUAUGGAUGCAUAAAAUGCAAUAAGUGCUGUAGUUUUGAUUACAUUAUAUCCGUAAGAAUUACAGUUAGAAUGAUAUUGCAUUUAUCUAAUAGCUAAAUAAAGAGCAACGUUCCUAAAUGAUGUGCCUUAUUUAUCAUUAUUAUUAUUGAUAUAAAAUUAUGAGUAAGAUGAUAAUACUUACAUAUAAAUUUAUGUAGUUUUAAUUGUAUUAAGUAUUCACUUUAUUGUAUUAUUGACGCAAAUGACGCAAUUAUAUUGUCUCAAAUAUUAAACUAAGUAAUUAUAAA